AUGCCAGGUGAAGAGAAUAAGGAAUUUGACGAUGAAUUAGUCGACUAUGAAGAGGAAGAGGAAACGACGACGGAUGCCUCGAAGGCUGCCGAGGGAAAAGACGCCAAGAAGGGACAUUACGUCGGUAUCCAUAGUUCUGGAUUUCGUGAUUUUAUCUUGAAGCCUGAGUGCCUGCGCGCCGUAGUGGACUGUGGUUUUGAGCAUCCUUCAGAAGUCCAGCACGAAUGCAUUCCUCAGGCUGUGCUCGGUAUGGACAUCAUUUGCCAGGCCAAGUCCGGAAUGGGAAAGACUGCCGUGUUUGUGCUUGCCACCUUACACCAGAUCGAGCCAGUAGACGGACAAAUCAGUGUUGUGGUGAUGUGCCACACUCGCGAAUUAGCUUUCCAGAUUGCUCAUGAGUACGAGCGUUUCAGCAAGUACCUUGUGGACGUCAAAACUGGGGUGUUUUAUGGCGGUGUGCCCAUUUCUCAAAAUCGCGAUGCUUUGAAGAAUAAUCCGCCUCACAUUCUUGUGGGCACCCCCGGUCGUAUUUUGGGUCUGCUUCGCGAAAAGACGUUGAAGCUGGACAAGGUAAAGCAUUUUGUCAUGGAUGAAUGUGAUAAGAUGUUGGAGGCUGUCGACAUGCGUCGUGACAUUCAGGAGAUUUUCAAGGCGACGCCGCACGACAAGCAAGUCAUGAUGUUUUCUGCUACUUUGAGCAAGGAAAUUCGUCCAGUGUGCCGCAAGUUUUGCCAAGACCCGAUGGAGAUCUACGUCGACGACGAGACAAAGCUGACUCUGCACGGUCUGCAGCAGUAUUACAUCAAACUGGAGGAGUCCGAAAAGAAUCGCAAGCUGAACGAUCUGUUGGAUGCGCUUGAGUUCAACCAGGUGGUUAUUUUCGUGUCCAAGAAAAAUCGUGGACGCGAGCUCAAUCGUCUGCUGAACGAGUGCAACUUUCCGUCGAUUUGCAUUACGGCCGACCUUUCCCAGGACGAGCGCAUUAAGAGGUACAAAAGUUUCAAGGACUUCCAAAAGCGUAUCCUGGUGACUACGGACCUGUUUGGACGUGGCAUGGAUAUUGAGCGUGUCAACAUUGUCGUAAACUACGAUUUCCCGAACGACAGCGACCAGUACCUCCACCGCGUGGGCCGUGCCGGUCGUUUCGGUACCAAGGGUUUGUCGAUUAGUUUCAUUUCGUCGGAGGAAGACACGGAGAUGCUAGCUAAAGUGCAGUCGCGUUUUGAGGUGAACAUCCCAGAGCUUCCGGAUCAGAUUGACAUCUCCACUUACAUGACAACUUAG